GUCCUGGCAUAUCCUGUCGCUAUAGCUGUGUGUGCUGUAGCUUAGCGUUCUCCUCUCCGCAGCGGUUCUCCAGUUCUCGACGCUUUGAGUGCAUUUCAGCGGCUGCAAACAACAACAGAAGUUUGCCAAAACAAAAUUUGCAUAAUUCCUAAGAAUUUAGUGGAUGGUGUUUAGUUAAGUGAAACGCGUCCUACUACGAUCUGAACUGCCGAGCGCGGAAACGUAACUAUAAAUUAUUGCAAUUUUUGUGGUGGUUUAAGCCGCUUUUAGUGAACCGGCUGGGAUCACAGAGAACAUUUUACUCGUCCACCUGGUUGUGCAUUGGCACUGAACGGCUUCAAAAUUAACUACUCAAAGUAUCACCACAACGCUAUGUCCCUAUCGGCCAUAGCCAAGCCAAUACUCUACUCGUAUUGGCGCAGCUCGUGCUCCUGGCGCGUGCGCAUUGCGAUGAAUCUCAAGGAGAUACCCUACGACAUCAAGCCGAUCAGCCUGAUCAAGUCCGGAGGCGAGCAGCACUGCAAUGAGUAUCGCGAGGUCAAUCCCAUGGAGCAGGUUCCGGCCCUACAAAUCGAUGGACACACCCUCAUCGAGUCGGUGGCCAUUAUGCACUACCUCGAGGAGACGCGUCCCCAGCGCCCUCUACUGCCACAGGAUGUCCACAAGCGGGCCAAGGUGCGCGAGAUUGUGGAGAUCAUUUGCUCGGGCAUCCAGCCGCUGCAGAACCUGAUUGUCCUGAUACACGUGGGCGAGGAGAAGAAGAAGGAGUGGGCCCAGCACUGGAUAACACGUGGCUUCAGGGCGGUGGAGAAAGCCCUCUCCACCUCCGCCGGAAAGUACUGUGUGGGGGAUGAGAUCUCGAUGGCUGACUGCUGCCUCGUCCCGCAGGUGUUCAACGCCAGAAGAUUCCAUGUGGAUUUGCGUCCAUAUCCCAUCAUUCUGCGCAUCGAUCGUGAGCUGGAGAGCAAUCCGGCCUUCCGGGCAGCCCACCCCUCGAAUCAACCGGACUGUCCGCCGGAGCUGCCCAAUAAAUAGAAUUUUCCGACGACAACUGCAAAACGCCGUAAAACGAAAAAGUGAAUUGCAGUUCGUGAACGGAACAAACAGAACCCACACAAGACAAACAACAACACAAAAAUUUGAUCAGUGAGCAGGAACAUGGGCAGGAAAGGGGACGGACGACGGAGGAGGUGCCGAGGAGCUGGCGAGGAUUCCAUUAAGCAUAAACAGUCGGAUGUGAUUUAAAAAUUUGCUAACAGCAUUUGAAAUAUGCAUAAAUGCAUAAAAAUACUAUCGAUAACAUAACGAAAUUCCAAUAUGAAAUUCAAAAACUUUAACAAUUCCAAAAAUUCUCAAGAAAGAACGAAACAAAAGCAAAAGCAAAAACAAAAAAAGAAAGAAAAGAAAACGAGUAAUAAAUUCCAUAAUUUCCCUUAGUUUGUCAAUGUGAACAUGAUCUAAAAGAUGAACUCAUAUACAUACAUAUUAAAUGUAACUUAUUUUUAUGCAUUUUAUUUAGGCUAACAAAAACUUAACAAAUUCAAGGAACACUCACGACGAAAAGCAAAAUUCAAUUCAGGGAUCUAAAAUGAAAA